CUGGGGCCUGUGGUCGGGAUGGCGGCGUGCGGUGCGCUGGCGGAGGCCGCUGGCUGGCAGGCGACCUUCUACGCCACCGGCGCGGCCGGCGCGCUGUGGUUCGUCGCGUGGAUGCUGGUCGUCAGAGACUCCCCCGACGUGGACCCGCGCAUCACCCCGCAGGAGAAGAAGUUCAUCCAGGACGCGCUCGGAUCCGUCAAACCGCUGGCGGCGGGCGUGCGGCGGCCGUGGGGGCGCAUCCUGCGCUCGCCGCCCGUGUGGGCGGUGGCGGUGGCGCACUUCUGCGAGGGCUGGGGCUACACCACCUUCCUCACGCAGCUGCCCACCUUUAUGACAGACGCGCUGGACUUCAAGCUGGCCAAGUCGGGGCUGCUGUCGGCGCUACCGUACGUGGCCAUGAUCGUGUCGCUGCCCAGCGUGAGCGUGCUCUCCGAUUGGCUCGUGGCGCGCAAGUUCCUCACCGUCACGCAGGCGCGCAAGACGUUCAACUGCGUGGCGUUCCUGGCCCAGACUGUGUUCCUGUUCCUGACGACGGUGGUGGGGUCGCCGUACGCAGUGGUGGCGUGCAUGACCAUCGCGCAGGGCAUCGGCGCCUUCGCCUGCUGCGGCUUCAGUGUGAACCCGCUGGACCUGGCGCCACAGCACGCCAGCGUCAUCAUGGGCCUCUCGUGCACGGUGUCCACCCUCUCCGGGAUGAUCAGCCCGCUGCUCACGGGCUUCAUCGUCACCGACAAGACGCAGGAGCAGUGGAACAAGGUGUUCUACGUGGCCAGCAGCGUCUACCUGUUCGGCGCCGUCUUCUACUUCCUGUUCGCGUCGGGGGAGCGCCAGAGCUGGGCGAAGGACGGCUCGGAGGCGGAGGCGGAGGCGGAGAACAGCGCGGAGGCGGUCCCGCUCAAGGCGUAG